UUGGUCCCAAACCUCAACUCUAACUUGAAUGCAGACCUAAACCAGUCAAACGACGGCAUGUUUCGUCGUAUCUGGCUAGGGAGAAGCGCCCUCAGAGCCCCAUUGCGCAGAUAUACGGACUCAGCACUCCCACUUACUUCCCAUCGCGCCAAACUCUUCAUUGACGCGCUUCCCACUUCCCACCAUUACUGGCAGGUACUUACACUCCAAAAAUAUGCGGAAAUCUUCCUCCAGGACGACAUCAUUGCGAACCUUCGCGCCCGGCUAGCCAAUAUAACGGCGUACGGGUUUUCUGUUGUUGAUAUGACGCCCCACAACAAGGAGGGCGGCAUAUUCGUAACUUUCGAGUACCGUGCAACGGACAAGGAGGCCGCUCUCAAAGCUAUCGAAAAGGAGAUAGAGGCCGAAACUUUCAAACAUGGUGGAUUGCCUUCUUGGAUGCCUGGUUUUCGUCGGGCACGGGCAUGGCUGGUGAAAGGUGAACCGUGGAUUGAGGACAUGUGGCGCUUGCCUACGCAAUUUCUCAACAUCCACUUUGACGGUCCCGACGUGGAUGAGGAGCGCAUAUACCACUUGCUCCGCCCAUACGGACCCAUUGUCAACAUAAUGCAACCCGAGACCUUCCCAGCUGGUACCCGACGAUAUAUGACAGCGAUUUUCCGCGAAGGGAGAGAUGCAGUCAAUGCAAGAAACGCGCUCCAUGGAAUUCGGGUUGAGAGCAGCACCAGCUCCGCGUCAACAACGCUGCAUAUGUUGUACACCCCACGUCAUAUAUGGGGCGAUAGGCCUUCCGUUAUUGACUGGUUAUCCAAACAUCCACGAAUCUCACUCCCCCUCUUUUUCUUUAUUCUUGGUGGCAUUUCUUACGCAAUAUUCGAUCCCAUACGAUCUAUCAUGAUCAAAGCGAAGAUGCAAGACUGGUUUGUCAUCCAAGAAUAUGGCAUAUAUCGUUGGCUUCGGGAGAAGUCGAGAGCUUUACGCAUUAUUGAACCUGAGCCGGAACACAAGACAGAGGAUGUCUGGAAGGAGCGUGAAGAAGCGAAGAAAGCCACGCGAGCUUAUAUCGCCGACUGGCCGACAACUGUCGCCUUUGUUCACGGACCUCAGGGCAGUGGGAAGAGCAGUCUGAUGAAUGCCGUCCUGAGCGAGAACAAACGGACUGUGCUGACGAUUGACUGUCGGGAGCUGCAAGAUGCUACUUCUGACGUACAAGUCAUUGAUAUCCUCGCCAGACAAGUGGGCUACUGGCCGGUCUUCUCCUUCCUCAACUCGAUCAAUCAAAUCGUGGAUAUGGUGACGGUCGGGAUAAUGGGCCAGAAAGCAAACAUCAGUAGCUCAAACUCCUUGCCCGAACAAUUACGAUCGAUGCUGCUUAUUGUCAGAAGCGCAAUCAAAAGUGUCGGGGGUUCACAUAAGCGAGAUGCUGAGCGCCACGCCCAACGUGCUGCGCAGAAAGAGGAAUUGGCUCAAGCCAACGCGCGUCGUAUGGAGCGGAUCCAACGCGGUGCAUGGCAUGAUGGUCGAUUGGACUGUGUUGCUGGAAACGGUGUCAUGGCAGAGUUAGGUGUCGGUGAUGAAGCGUUCGACGAUCCGGAUGACCUGGAAGUCGUUCACCGCAAGGAGGUGGAGAAGCGGACACCCUAUCCGAAAGGAAAGGCGGAACUGCAGGCUCUAUAUUCGCUGCCCGUUGUUGUCAUCAAGCAUUUUGAAGGAGGGUCGAGGCGCGAGGAAAUCUUUGAUGUGUUAGCAGAAUGGGCCGCUUCGUUGGCCGAACUUCAGCUUGCACAUGUCAUUGUUGUCAGCGACAAUCGAGAAAAUGGCAAGCGUCUUGCAAAAGCACUUCCUUCGAAGCCGUUGCAAACCAUCACCCUCAGCGACGCAGACGCACCGAGCGCGUUGGCAUUCGUCAAGCGCAAACUUGAGGAUGCUCACAUCAGCCUCAAGUAUACUCAUGAACAAGUGACAUCUGUUCAGAAGCUUGGUGGUCGGGCCAGUGAUCUUGAUAGUCUUGUUUACAAGGUUCGCAAUGGCGCUACGGUUCCGGAGGCAGUGGAAGACAUCAUAGCUCGAGGUGUCAAUGAGCUCCAGAAGAAUGCAUUUGCUGAUGAUGCAGAGGAGGCGAAACAACUACCAUGGACACGCGAACAGGCAUGGACGCUUUUCAAGCUUCUUUCCAAGCAAUCGGAGAUCAAUUACCACGAGGCUCUUUUAGAGUUCCCUUUCAAAGGCGAUGAGGCACCCCUUCGCAGUUUAGAGCAUGCUGAAAUCAUUGCGAUCGAAUUUCCUACAGGGCGGCCAUCGACCAUAAAACCCGGUCGCCCGGUUUACACAUACGUCUUCCAGCGGCUCGUCAAUGAUCCAAUAUUCCGCGCCACGCAAGAUAUUGCCUUCAACGAAAAGCUUAUCCUAAGCCAGGAGAGCACGAUAAAAGCAUGUGAACAAGAGCUACUGGCCUUGAAAGAGAUUGAUGUGCAGGGCCACUGGCUGUGGGGCGGUGGGAACACUGGCGCUGCUGUUCGCAUGCGGUAUUUGAGUUCGAAGAUGCGUGCAGCGAGUAUGAAGAUUGACGCGGCGGAAAGACAAAACGUUGAGAUGAAGAAGGUGUUGAUGAAGGGAGGAUAG